AAAACAUCUCCGAACACCAAAUUGUAUGUAUUCAGGAAUGUUAAUUGUAAAGAGUUAGAUCACCUGAUCAAAUGUUUAAGUCAUGUGACUAUCCGUUUUAUUCCAGAUGAAAAUUGAGGAUCAUGGCAAGUAAGUGGAGUCUUUGUGGUGUUUGUUAUAAUCAUCAUAUAAUCAAACCAUCAGAAGUCUGGUGUUCCGAAUGUAAGGCAGGACUAUGUAGAGAAUGUAAGAAAAAUCACAGUCUUUCCAAGGAUACACAACACCAUACUGUCGAAUACAAGAAAUUGCCAACAGAAGUCCUUCGAAUUGUACAGGACUGUAAAAUACAUAAUAAGAGAUACGAACUUUUUUGUAGUAAACACGAUUGCCCUUGUUGUAAAAUAUGUAAAAAUCACAACGAUUGUGAAAGUUUAUUCGACAUCAAUGAGUGCACAAAAAACGUCAAAACUUCAGAUGCAUUUCAUGAAAUCGAACAAACCCUACUGGAAGUUGUUAAUAAUAUUAAACGGAUUAUUAAUAACCGGGAAAACAAUCUAGAAUCACUGAAAAACCAAGAAAAGGAAAUUAAAGAUGAAAUCAAUGAAAUAAAAACCAAUAUAAAUAAUUACCUUGAUAAGGUUCAAGGUCAUUUGAUACGUAACUUAAUGGAGAUUGAACAAUUAGAGAGCAGCAAAAUACAAAAGGUGUUGACCACUCUAAAAAAUCAAGAAGAAGAGAUCACAGAAUAUCAAGAAAACUUUACAAUUGUUAAACAACAUGCGUCCGAACUUCAAAUAUUUCUAGCCAUGAAGAAUUUAGAAAAGGAUAUUGCAGUCAAGGGGCAAUUUAUCGAAUCGAUUACCAAAAGUGACUACAUGAAUCAAGUUAAUAUAUCAUGCAUUGUUAACCAACUGUCUUUACACCAAAUCACAGCCAGUGUUCAGAGGUGUGUAGAAAUGAAAGUCAUUUCUAAUCCAUGCAAUUUGUCAAUCCAGAAAAAGAAAGAUAGACAAGCCCAGACAAGUUUAACUCAUUUUACCAAAAACAUCGAUAGCCUGACUCUUACAUUACAGAAACAUAUCAAUACUGGAUUGAAAAAUGUCCGAGGGUGUUCUUUGCUCCCUGGUGGAAGGAUGAUUUUCUCCUGUUUUACACAGAGCAAAUUAUCAGUAUUCAAUUCUGUCGGACAACUAGAUUUCGAAAUAAAAAAUAUUGAUGAUCCGUUUGAUCUAGUAUAUAUUGGAAAUGAUUGUGUUGCUGUGUCUUCUGGCAAAUCAUUACCGAUAAAUGUAAUCAACAUAAAGAAAAACAAACGAGAGAAAACAAUAAAAGUGAGCACAUUUAGUGAUGGAGUGAAAGAUAAUGACGGAGUAGCAUACCUUGAUGGAAAUUUGAUUUAUUGUGGUAGGGAAGAAGGACUACGAAAGAUUAGUUGUUUUGAUGGAUCAGUUUCCACUAUUGGUUCCAAUGACGCACUUUCUUACGCGUCUUACGUCACAGCAUUCAAAAGCAGAUUUUUCUACACAAUUCAUAGAGAUGACAGUGUAACCUGUUGUGAUUACCAGGGUAAAAUACUGUGGACAUUUAGUGAUGCGAAUGUUUUGAAGACUCCACUUGGUAUCUCAGCAGACAACAAUGGAAACGUGUUUGUAGCGGGAGCUAAUAGCGACAACGUUAUUGUUAUCUCUGCUGAUGGAAAACGCUACAGAGAACUCUUAUCACAUGAAGAUGGACUAAUUAGACCGCAGGUUCUGUAUUUUGACACAUCUACGGAUAAAUUGUUAGUUGUAAAUGAAAGAAAUGAUGCAUUCUUGUAUGACGUUAAAUAAGAAUGUGUGAUGCUAACUUUUUCCAGUAGUAAGCAUGCUUUAUAAAACAUUGCUUAGAUAAACCUUAACCGCAUUAAGUUUUCGCAUUUAGGUCAAUUAUCCGCUAACAGCAAGUAAAGGAUAACUGCGUUUUAUCUUCAGAGUGGUGGUUAGGGUGAUAGACUUUGGUCACUUUUACUUGAAACUGCUGUUUUAAGAAAAUAUGUUUGUAAACUCAACUACUACAAUCAAUUGCUAAUUAACUUGAACACUCUACAUAGAAAUACAUGUAGCUAAU